CCCGCCUUGGCCCCACCCCACGUGACCCCCGCGGGCCAAUGGGCGCGCGGGGCGGCGGGGAUCCGGCUGGAACCGGUUGGGCCGCGUCCGGCUCUAUAUAAAACUUUAUAAACACCCGAUUCCAAUUAGUGGGGUCGGGAGCAGCGCAGCCCGCCGGCUCCAGCCCCGCGCACCGCUUCGCUCCGCACCGCGCCCGCAGACCCCCCAGCGCUCCCGGCUACCCCACCCCCGGCCUCCCUCCGCCCCCUCACGCCGCCCAGCGCGCUCCGCUCUCCCUCACACAUACACACAUACACACACACACGGAGCCAUGCCGAAGAGAAAGGCUGAAGGAGAGACCAAGGGCGAUAAGGCCAAAGUUAAGGAUGAGCCACAGCGGAGAUCAGCGAGGUUAUCUGCUAAGCCAGCUCCUCCAAAGCCAGAGCCCAAACCUAAAAAAGCAGCUCCAAAGAAGAGCGAGAAGGUGCCCAAGGGGAAGAAGGGAAAAGCUGAAGCUGGCAAGGAGGGAAACAACCCUGCAGAAAAUGGAGAUGCCAAAACAGACCAGGCACAGAAAGCUGAAGGUGCUGGUGAAGCCAAGUAAACGUGUGAAUUUUUGAUAACUGUGUACUUCUGGUGACUGUACAGUUUGAAAUACUAUUUUUUAUCAAGUUUUAUAACAAUGCAGAAUUUUGGUUUACUUUUUUUUAAGCUAUGUUGUUAGCACACAGACCGCUUCAUUGUUGUGUUCUGGGGUGGGGUGGGGGGCAGUGGGGACAAAUGUCAUUUAGUCUAUUUCUCAAAACCUAAAUUUUAAUAAGAAAAGCUUUUGCCAGUCCCCCAGUUUUUGGAAGAAGGGCCCUUCCUGCAGGGAGGAAGAAGUGUUUCCCCCAUUCUGCGUGUCAGUUAUGUCCAAGUGAACAUCAAAGCUCCCAAGGUGCUGUUGCCUGCUCCAAAUCCCAAUGCCAUCAGUUCUCCUUUGGUGUCUCCCUGUUCACCCAGAGCCCGUCACUCCAAACCACAGCAGAACUGGCAUUUUGGGAUGUACCACGCUCACUCCACAGUCGGAUGCUCUGGAUUUCUGGUGUCCAGUCUGGGAUAUACUGGCUCAAAAAGGAGCUGCACUUCCUCUUUUCUAUUGUGGAUCCUCAGAUACAGAAACCUGCCUUUACAUUUUCUUUUCCUCUCAAAGUCAGGGUGGGUUUGUGCAGUUGUCAGACAACCUGCGGAUGUGGACGUGUCCACCCUCACUCUAAACUUUACCCUCUACCAGUGUCAGCUGAAGAUUGUUACAGUUUUUAGCAACUUCUCCAUUUCAGUAGUCCACAAAGGGAGGGGGGUUCGACAGAAUUGUUGUAAAAUGUUGCAGAUUGUUGCCCAUGUCCUGCCUAAAAUUACCAUGAUUGUUCAUGAAAAGUACCUUUAAUAAAGCUGGAUACGGUUUGGCUUGGACUGUU